GCCAACUCAGCAAAUUCCUCUUCUCUUCGAUUCGCUUAAUGCAGAAGGUUUGACGGGGUAUUUUUGAAAAUUAAACGAGAUUUCAACGCAUCGUUCUAGUCCUGAUAUCCUGAAGAAAUGUUUGCUGGAUUUCUUUUCCUUUUGGUGAGUUGGUCUUUCUUUUACUUUUGUUUUGUAAGAAGUACUAAUCAAGGGUAAAUGAUCAUGACGUUUAAAAUCCUAAUUGUUUAUGGAAUUUUCAUAAGUCUUGGGUAGGACUGGUAUAACACAGCCAGCUGCAAUGGACUUCAGAUGUUGUUAUUUUUUAAAAAGAAGUCAUGGUCACAUUUGCUCUGAGACUUAUUUGUUCAAAAUUGUCCUUUUUUACUAUUAUUGCUCGAUCAUUGACAGUUACGAUGUCACGUCUACGUAGGCUUGAAGUUUAAUUCUUUCUAAAAGAUUCAUAUCUCACUAGAGAAGAAUUUAUAAGUUCAGAUUCCUCGUCACCAGGUGAAUUUUUUUUUGAAUGACUAACAUUUUGGCUUGACAACUGAAACUUUAGAAUUAGUUAACUCCCUUGCAUUUGUCCUAGCAAAGGUUUCCUAGCAGUUCUAAAUUAACAUUCACAGUUUAGUUAGGCUGAAACUUUAGAAUUUACAGCCUGAUAUCAGAAAUGUCAUUUGCCACAAUGUUUUCCUUCACAGACCUUCCUUAUGAGAUUAAUUGAAGUCAAAAGGAAAGGGUUAAUAACAAAAGUUCCCUGCGAAUUCUUUCAAGCUUUAUGAUGAUGUCAACCUCGUUUGCCUCAUUACCAGUAUAUAUCCAGAAUUUCUUUUUAAUUUCUUACAUUUCUGACACUCAAAAAGGCCAUUUCAUUUCUGUGAAAUGGAUGGAAACAAAUAGUUCACUUUUUGUGGCACUUCAAGCACUGAUUCAGAACAUACGGAAAGCAGUAUGAAUUUUAGCUGAAUUGGAAAUUUUUUUAAACAAGUUUUGAUCAUGAAUCAAGACCUAUUUUAUACAGUGUGCCAUCAUUCAGUUGUUAUUUGUGGUAACCUCUGCAACUGAAGUUAAUUUGUCAGUCCUGCAAUCAUCACAGUAUGAACAGGGUUCAAUCAGCUGUUGAAUUGCACUCCCUCCUAUCAAUCAGCUUUGUUAACAGCAUGUUCCCAAUGAAGAUGGAGUACAAUCAAGCAGUAUUCAUUUUCUUGGACCUCAUGUUAUUAAUGCAAGCCUCCGUUGAUGGGUUAACUUUAACAAGAAGACCACACAACUUUCCAAGUAUACCUAUUAAAAUCACUCAAUAUGAACUCAGAUUUGAAUGGCCUCCUAAUGUACAAAUUAAAUUUGAAGUAGAAAACCAAAUUGGCCACUGAAACCUCCCUCUUAACCCUUAAACUCCCAGUUCAAAUUUGUAAUUCUCCUUACUGUCAACCAUACACUUCUUAUAAAGUUAGUUCAGAGAAUUUAGUAUUGGAUCAACUAAUUAUCCCCAAUUUGAUGUUUUUCUUUAUUCUCCUCACUUAUCUGGUUGCUCUUGUAUUUGUAUUGUAAGGAGAAAUUCUGUCUUGGUCACCCAUGGGAGAGUUAAAGGGUUAAUAUGAGAUCGAAAGAAGGCAAGAACAAACUUAUUUGGGGCAGUUUUUGAAGGCAGUUAGAAAUUUUGAGCCCUUGUAACUGAUUUCAGUUGUAAGGUGGUUACCAAGCAUUUAACAUUUACCCUAUUUCUCUGACCAAAAUCUAUGGAGGGCUAGCAUGACAGAUUUGAAUGACAGAAAUUUGAAGACUAUUUAGGAACUGCUCAAGCCUCUAAUAGCCUUUUAACUUGGUGAAAAGUUGGUUAAGGUGAAGCAACAGGGUGUUAUUUUCAACAACCGCACUGGUGAGUUAUGAAGAGCCGAGUGAACUUGAUUUAAUGUCUCGCUUUUAAUUCAUUCUUCAAACUUCCAAGGCAGUUCUUUUGAACAUGAUGUUGAUUUUGCCCAGUGGUCAAAGUAUUCUCCUUGGCCAUUGACUGAAUUGUCCCUGAGUUUGGGUCUAUCUGAGAAAUCAGCCAUAGAUUUAGGAAAUCAUGAAUUGUACCAUUUUUCAUACUUAGCUAGCAAAAUAUGGAACUCUCUCCCAGACACUUACAUAAUAUUAAACUUUCUAGAAUUCAAGCAGGAGAUCCUCAGAUAUGAAGCUUUUCCACAGUAGAUCUACAAGUUAUAUUUCCCUCUGCAUGCAUAAUGUGGUAUAUAGUUUAUAAAUAAUAUUGGAAUUGUAAUAGAGCAUAUUUUUAUUUUAUUUUAGCUUAUUUUCUCAAAGAUAUUAGCUCUACAGCUACACUGUGAAUUUCAAUCAUAAGUAAAGUAUAUGUAUGUAUGUAUGUACCACGUGUAGCUUUUUUAGAGAGUACUUUUGAAUGAACAUUGAGUUCUCUCAAGGGCUUAGCCGUAUUCUUUCACUAUUUAUGACUCUUGCUUGUGAGCAGCAGUAUACCGAUAGAGAAUUGUGUGGCAAAUAAUUGCACUACUUGGGUAAUGUAAAUUUUGUUACCAGAUGCUAUUUUCAGAAGCUUAUGCUCUUGUUUGUGCCAUGUAGGACAACAUCUCCCACACGGAUGGUGACAACUGACACAUUUUGCCAAAAAAAAAAAGAUACAAUGUAAGGCAUUGAUUAGAGACCACCAACUUGGGUUUAACUAUGCUGAAAGGUAGUUUAAAACGAAGGAAACUCAGUAAAAAAAAUCUAUUUUUCUUCAAUUAAUUUGUAUGGUUACAGUUAACCCUGUUUCGGUUUAAUAAAAAGUCAAAGAAAAAUGUGGGUCUUGCAAACCUUUCAUCCAAACUUGAGAUUCCAUCAUUCUCGGUGAUAAAUCAAGAAGUUUCAUUUUUUAUUUAGUAUAAUACUAAAUAUUUUCAGUCUCAUAGUCUUACAUUUCUUCAAGAGUUCUCAAAGUCAGGGAUUAGUUGUUAUUGUCAAAUGUGUUAGUCAUAUUAAAGGGAAGCUACCAGUGGAGCUAAGUUAUCAUACCCAAGGUUAAAUUUUAAUCUGGAUUUCUUUAAUUCUCCAUUCAAAAGCCCCUUUGGGGGAUAAUAUUCUCUAGUUUUAUUUUCAGACCAUCCAAUCAUGAAGCUGUAGACAAGAAGAAUUUAACUGAAUUUUCUUUUGAAGCUUUUGAAGCUUUUGGAUCUGAAAUCAGAUUUCACUCAAGCCCUGGGUUAUCUUAAUCCAGCUUUGAAAAACAAGGCUCUGAGCAACAGAAGUCUUUGAAAAUGCUAUAACAAAUGAGCUGAUAUAUAUCACAAAAAAUGCCUGCCAUCUCGACUGAAGCCUUGGUUUUUCCACCCUCCACAAAAAUUAACAUGUGUGCCCACAGAGUUAAGGAUGAUUAAAUCAACUCUUUUUUGAAUUUGUGACUAUCCUUUGUUGCAGACUGUCCUAGUGGAGAAGGGCUUUGGCAGUAAUAGAUGUAAAAAGAAAGGUUACAUUGAGCUUUACAACAGGCAAAAUCGUAAUGAAUAUAGAUGUUGGCCCCCUCCUGAAUGCCAUGAUGGACAGGAGCCAUCAGUUGAACCUGGCUCAUCACACCCUAUUGGAACAGACAUCAGCUGUCAAAGUUGCAAGAUUGGUUUCUUUUCAAAUAACAGGACAAAUAAUAGGUGCCAUAAGUGUACUUCCUGCGGCAAAAAACAAGAACUUUAUCCAUGCACACUUGUGAAGGACAGAGAGUGUGCCAAUAAAUGCAUUUCUAAUGAAUACUACUUCAAUGACACAGAGGAAGAAUGUUACAGAUGUGUUGAAUGCUGUGAAGGUGAUGAUGAGAACAUUGAGCCACAGUGCAUUGCUCUUAUAAAAGGUGUAGUUAUAGGAGGAAAAGGAGAGAAACACUGUAGGAUUUCAAAUAGAAGGUGUGUUGACCUGCCAACUACUUCAUCUGAAGGAUGUACAUGCAACUGUUCAGUAUCAAACAAUUCCAGUAUUGCAGUAGGAAACUUUCCAGCCAUGAAUAUUUCAUCAACCUUGCACAGUGACAGCUCUUCACUUCACAAGCCCUGUGUGGUACACAUGUUUUGGAUCAUUGGACUUUCAUGUUCUCUGGUAGUUGUGGUUGCUCUUAUACUGGUCUACUUUCUGUACUGGAGGAGAAAGUGGAGUCCACAAAGUGACAACUUAUACAUACAUGAAACUUCAUCCAGGAGCUGCAUAUUUACUUGUCCUCCACUCUGCAUCUCUGACUCAUCAACUUGUACAGGUAUUUUUGCAUUGAAUCAGGCAGCUUCAACCCUUAAAUGUAAAUAUCAACUUUCCUUUUUAACUGCUAUGCAUUACCUGGGGAAUUUUUUUUGUUUUGUUGCAGGAACAGCAUUCUGCUAAUAAGUUUUCUCAUCAGGUGUUUGUUGCAUUUUGCAUGUGAUUAUACUUUUUAAGGGAAAUUACAGUUUGACCUUGAGUCAAAUCAAAGCUGUAUUAAUUUUAACAUCCUUCUGCAAGUUUGUUUCAUCUAAGAUAGUGUGCAUCUAGUGCAACUUACAAAACCUGUGAGGUAAAUCUGAACUGGAACUGUAGAGUUGUGAUGGGAACACUGAGGUUAUCAUAUUAAUGUAGAAGUGAGAACACUCAUGUACAUGUACAUUAACGAGUUUGAAGGAAAUGUGUACUACAUGGUUUGUGUAUUUAAUAGGUGACUACUAUCUCCCCUCCCCCACUCCCUCCCAAUCCUUACAGGAAGUUUACUCACAGGUUACCUAGUGGUUGUCAUAAGUCUCUAUAAACAAACAGAUAGGGUAUUUUUAUAAGUGUUCAUUGAAUGCUUAUUGACAUGUUCUGUUGUCCCUCCUUUAUGAUGCAAUGUGAGUGAAAAUUACUUUUAGGUUCAAGCUGCUGUGAAGAGGUUAUUGCAUUCAUGCCAUGCUGGGACAAACUGAAGGUCAUUCCAGGUUAGUAGAAAAAAGUUGUGCUUUCAGGGAUGUUCAAGUACCUGUUAAAAAUCACUAAUAGUGACAAGAUGAUAAGUCUAACUUUUAAAUAGUUUCAUCCUCAGAUAGGAAUUUCAUGCUCUGAUUUACUGCUACUUAUUUUUCAUGAAACAUAAUGUUUGUGAUCUUUAGUGAUUAUUUGUAAUCUUGAGACCCUCAACUUGUUAAUGGGUCUUUUACUGGGAUUGUUAUCAAACCUUGCUGCCUCACCUCUUUUGAAUACACAUUGCAGGGCUGAUUAUGUUCGUUUUUGUUUGAACACAGAAGUUCAAAUUGAUGAAGUACCAUAUGAUGUGGAAGUCGUCCUCAUCCAAAAACUAGAUGCAAAGAAGACCAAUGCAAAGAACUGGUGGGAUGUUGGUCGCAAAAUUGGAAUUUCACGUUCACAGCUUGAAAAUGUUGAUCAAGGGGAAAGUCCAACAAAAACUAUAAUCAGUAUUUUAAGUACAUGGCAUGAUGUUCCAACCAUCAGAAAAUUUGUAGAAAUUGCAGAUAAGUUAGGGCGACAUGAUAUUUGUAAAAAUGUUGUGGAAUUCUAUCAAAAUCAAACACCAGAAAUAGUCAAUGAAACCCCGGUGUAAACUAACGUAAAUACAAUUUAGUUAAUUAGUUUGCAACACUAGACCUAAAAGUCCUGUAACAGUGUGAACAGAGCUAGUUUCCUGUCUCAUCAGCAUUUUUCAUUGGACUAUAUACCUUCCAUUACCUUAUGUGCAAGAGCUACAGUUACUAUUAAUAGACAUUUGAAAUGUAUUUUUUGCAUAGAAUGUGAGAUUUGCAUUUGUAUUUGAGUAUCUCAUAUUGGGAGUCAUAAUGUUGCACUAUGUGCUCAAUGUUGUAUGUAGUGUAUCAGCUUUUUAGGGAAAAAGGGUUAAAGUAAAGGUCAGUACAAAAUUGUUUGACUAGCUUUUCUUUGUUUUUGAUGACCAAUUUACACACACUAUCUGCGUGAAAGUCUACUUCAUUAGAUGCAGACCUACGACCAAGUCUCAAGUUUAUUUGAGACUCCAAACAGAAAGUAGGAGAGCAAGCAAAUACCCACAAAUCAUUUUAAGCAGAGCAGAAAAGUUAUCUCUCUGCACAGUCAAGUGCAGUUAGCACCGUUUUAUGUUCCCACAUGGGGCAUGGGCUUAUGUUACAUUAGUUACGGUAUCAUCAUCC